ACAGCGUAUCGUGAAUUACGCGUAGCGCAUAUUGUUCUGCAGAUCUAGUUUGGGUGGCUAGGUUUCAGUGCUUUGUAUUGUGGCAACACUUCUACCUUGCAGUUAACAUAGAUCAGCAAGCGACAUGAAUUUUCUAGCGAGUACAAGUUGUACAGGAGAUGGCUUGUCGACGUCGUCGUCAUCAAUUAAGGAGGGCGAUUGUGUAAUCGUGUAUGAAGGAAUGAAUUCUAUGAAAGCUGUCUACGUUUCGACCAAGGGGCGCUACGAUAAUCGAUUCGGUACCUUCAAACACGAGUCCUGGAUUGGCAAGCCGUUCGGCAGCAAGGUCACCUCUAGCAACAAAGGGGCGAGCGGAUGGGUUCUGCUGCUGCGGCCAACCCCGGAGCUCUGGACGCAGGUUCUACGUCACAGGACCCAGAUCUUGUACCUGGCGGAUAUCUCCAUGGUGGUGACCCACCUGGAUCUCAAACCUGGCAGCGUUGUCCUGGAGAGCGGUACAGGCAGCGGCAGCCUGACGCACUCGCUGGUGCGCGCAGUAGCCCCCACAGGGCACGUGCACACGUUUGAGUUCCAUGCAGGACGAGCCGAGGACGCGGCUGCGGAGUUCAAGCAGCACGGGCUGUCCGGGUUGGUGACGGUCACUCAGCGCAAUAUUGAGGAGCUCGGGUUUCCGGACACCCUUCAUGGCGCCGCGGACGGCGUGUUUCUGGAUCUGCCCGCACCCCACAAGGUGGUGCCCUCGGCCGCCGCCUGCCUCAGGCCCAACGGCCGCUUCUGCGCCUUCAGCCCCUGCAUCGAGCAGGUGCAGCGGACCGCGGAGGCCCUGUCCAGCUCGGGCUUCACCGACCUCAUCACGUACGAGUGCCUGUUGCGGGAAUGCGAGGAUGUGGGUGGCGUUGCUGGGGGCAAGACGGGAGAGAAGGCGGGCGCGGUCGGGACCAGUGCGGAGACGGCAUGUGGGCAGGAGGCGAAUGAGCCGCCGCAGGGGCAGGGGCAGGGUGCAGCACCUGGAUGUGCUCUGGCGGCUGCGGGUGAUGCGGCUGUCGGUCGGUCGCGUGUCGUGUCCUGGCGGCCCUCCGCGGAAGCCCGAGGGCACACGGGGUACCUGAUCUUUGCCCGGAAGUUUGUGUGUGGGUGAAGAGAGAGGGGGGGCUAGGGAAUGUCCAUGAGCCGCGUUAACGUGCUUAAUGCUGAGAGCUGGGCUGGAGAAAAGGUUGACACUGAUUUACGGGUGGGGGUAGUGAGCGGAAGAUCGCACAGGUAUGGUGUAUGGCAAGGCAUGGAUGCAGGGGAAAGGGAGGGAGGCGAUGGCAAGAAAUUUUGAGCCAGUCCACGCCCGGGCUGUUAAGCGUGCACACCCCUCUGGCGGUUGCUGGAAACGCUGGCAGCUUUUGGAAGACCUCUUUUGGCUGUGCUUGUUCGCUUUGCGUCCCUUGCCUCGGUUUGCGGUAAUUGCAAACCAAAGCGCUGAAAGCCGUCUGUGCCGAUAUGCGGAUGGAUCCACACAUCCGGAUCGCGGGCUGUAGAGGAUUUGGGGGGAAUGCUUUUAGAAGCUUUCCUUCCGAAGGUUCGUUUACCACGGCGGCCAUGGAUUAGUGGAUGCUGCUGGAUGACCUGCGAUCAGCUCUGUGCGGUGGUUUGGGGUUUGGGGUCAUUGCCUGUUUAGGCGGCGGC